AUGGACCCUCAGCCGGGGCCGAUUUGCCUUUUUCGAGCGAUGCUAUUCUCCAAGGUCUGGCGUGAGUUCGACCGUGGUCUCUAUCAGUUCUUCAAGCGCUACAUUUUCGUGCCAAUCUGUGCUCCAACGUUCUCUAAACGGAAAGUGUUGCGUCAGGCUCGUCUCACGCAUUGUUCUCUGCUGGUGUGGAUCAUUUUGAACAUCAUAGCGUUGUUCAUGGAGAUGAGCUCCAAGUCGCUGUACGCGGUGGAAUCAUUUCGACGUUGGCGAGAGAAGACCAUAAGCGAUGUGAACUUCCGCCGAGUUCUCGCUGCGCUUCAGGUCUUGCCGUUUGCCUUCGGACUCUACUCGAACAUCUAUUUUCUGGGAGGGUCAGAAAUCGGUGCUUUGUUCAAGAAACGUAUUCUCGAUGAGGAGACGAUUCCUUUGAGGGUAACCGGCGCGGUACUUCUCACUUUGGGUUAUUUCAAUGCUCACUGCGCCAUAGAGAUCGAUCGACGGAACGAACUUCGGCGGAAGCAGGUGGAAGAAAAAAAGAAACUCUCGGCCGCAAAAAACAAAUAA